AUGACUUCUGAACGCGUUUACAACCUCACUCACUCUGACAAGACUCUCACCGCCGCCUUUGCUACCUCGCCCGACUCGUCUCCUGGCGAACUCGGCAAGACGCUUUACGCUGAACAUCACCAUGGCAUACACAAGCCCAAUGCCACAGGUGGUAUCACUGCGACAAUACGCGACAUGCUCAAGACCGGCCAUGCUCCAGACGAAGCCAAGGAAGCCGUGCGUGAGGAUGAUCCGACACCGGAAGAUCUGGACAGAGCAGCAGAGUGUGGUCAGUUUGGAACAAGGCCGACUGACCUCUUUCUGAAGGUCUAUUACGAUGUCCUCAAAACCUUGGACGUUGAUCCAUGGGCAGGUGCCAUUUCUCCACCUCUUCUUGGCUCGCGCGGAGUUGUCACUCUGUCAAUCAUUUCUGUGUGA